AUGAAGGCAUGGAUCGGAGCCCUCGCCUUGGGUAUCGGCGUCGCUCUUUUUGUCGCCGGUGCUGUCAUGCUUGGCAUCGGCAUCUCGAAGGACAAGUCGUCGUCUCAUGAUUGUUCACGUUCCACCAAACCUCCAGCGACUAGGACUGCUCCUUCUGCUGCUCCCUCUUACGAAUCCGAAGAAAUCUCUGCACUCAUUCAAGAGAAGAUUGAUGUCGAUCGAAUCCGAGAGAAUCUUCGGAAUUUCACUGUUGACCCUCAUCAAGCAGGAACCGAUGCUAACAACAAAGUAGCUGAUUCUAUCAUGGCAAGAUGGCGCGCGGCAGGACUGGAAAGUGAGUCAAUGAGAUUUUCAAAAAAGUAA